GCCAAUGACCGGCGAAUGCCGGCUAACAGAAACUCAGGCUUAGCAGCACCAUGUAGUCAGAAUAAUACGAUCUUGGUUACAUAACAACAUUCGACUAGGAAGUUCAUAGUCAAAUCAGACUCCUCCGAAUCAUGGAAUCGCCGACUAUUCCGGGUCUCCCCAAUCUAAAAUAUUCCCUUCUCUCUUUUAGACACAGCACAGUUCUCUGAAAUAAAAUCCAUUGGCUUCUGCGUUAGCUGUAAUAACUCAUAACACAUAUGUAUCUUCUUUCCCAAGUGUGUGUUCAUACACACAGGGAUGAAACUCUCCUGCUCUUGGCUCUUGUUUUCCUUCUCUGUAAUGAAGUGUGGCUCCAACAUCCUUGUGAUUUGUGAAUAACAUUGUUGUUCUCUGCUUGUGCUUAGUGCAGUGAAUGUGAAUUCCGUUAAAGUCAAGUUUUAAUGUGCUGUGGUAGGAUUUGCCAACAUCUGUUCAGUGAAAACAGCAGACAAAGACCUUUUUUUGGAUAUGUAUGUGUUUGUAUAAAAUGUUUGUGUAAUAUUUUUGCUUUAAGGAUCAGAUCUUUUAUGCCCUACUCUUGUGUUACAAACAUUCCUUGGUAAAUAUAUUAAAGAAAUGUAAUUAUGAAUCUCUGUGCCUGUGCUUUGUUGUGCUAUGCUUCAUCACAGCAUCUUGGAGUUUGUUUUUAUUUGUCAUCAGGUAUGUCGAAUCACUCCACUGUGGCCAAACUGGUCUGAACAUUGCACCUCUGAGAAUCAUAUACAGUGUGUUCAACCAUGAAGAGUUCGCGCUUUUGUUGAUAGAGCCACAUUCCUUCAGCUCCCCCUUCCAAUAUAUUUAGUUUUCUUUUUUUCUUAUUGAGAAUUGGGAAUUAGUUCCCUCCCUGCAGAAAAAACGUAUAGUCGCUCUCACCACCUCCACCCUCACAGAUGCAGACUCUGAUACACAUCAGCCGGCAUCAUUUAAACUCAACUUCUCUGUUUCAUGUUGGCUUAAAUCAGAGCUUCUAGUGGACACCUAGCUACACGGACUUUGGUGUCAUGUUUUUGCCAAGUUAAGAGUUCAACCAUUACGUAACAGAGAAGAGACCCGCAAGACUUCACAAACACAGAUUGACACCUGUCUGAGUCCUUCUCCAGCAUCUCGAUCAGACAUGGUCUACUACAUCACCAAAACUGUUGGCCUGGGGUUGGUCUUGUUGGCCUCCGUUGCUAUGGUUACAACUGUAGCUCCGUCCAUUGACCAUGACAGGGAGGAGGCCCUGCACCUAGGUGCAGCUGGGGAUGGAGCAGCAAGAGGCAUCCUCCCAUCUCCCACCAUCCCAGCCAAGAAGGAUGUCUGGGACCAGCACAGACUCCCAGACUCCCUCAUUCCUGUGUCCUACGAUGUGACCCUGUGGCCCCGGCUGAUGCCUGAUGACAACGGCAUGUACAUCUUCACAGGACAUUCAACUGUGCACUUCAGUUGUGUGAAGGAAACAAAUCUCAUCAUCAUCCACUCCAAAAAGCUGAACCUCACCAGCUUCGAUGGGAACCUUGCUAAGUUAACUAGCCUGACUGAAAACUCUGCACCUGCUAUUCUGAAGUCCUGGCUUGUUGUAGAGACAGAGUUUCUGGUUCUGCAGCUGCAACAGGCACUCACAGCUGGAGCAACAUAUUCCCUUUAUACUGAAUUUGUGGGGGAGCUGGCGGAUGACCUGCAGGGCUUCUACAGGAGUGAAUACAAGGAGGAUGGAGUGGAGAAAGUUGCUGCAACCUCACAGAUGCAGGCGACGCAUGCCAGGAAGGCCUUCCCUUGCUUCGAUGAGCCAGCCAUGAAGGCCGUCUUCAAUGUUUCCGUCAUCCAUGACCCAAACACUGUGGCUCUGUCUAACGGCAGGGAAAUAGCCACUGAGGACUCUAUCAUCGAUGGUGUGCUGGUUAGAAAGACAACAUUCGAGCCCACAAGAAGAAUGUCGUCAUAUCUGCUGGCACUGAUCGUCUGUGACUUUACUAGCAUUCAGUUAACACAAAGUGAAGAUGUUUUGGUUCGAAUCUGGGCCAGAAAAAAAGCCAUCGAUGACGGACAGGGUGAAUAUGCUCUAAAAGUCACAGAGCCGAUCCUUCAGUUUUAUGAGCAGUACUACAGUGUAUCGUAUCCACUCUCAAAGUCAGAUCAGAUCGCUUUGCCGGACUUCGGUGCUGGGGCGAUGGAGAACUGGGGUCUGAUCACAUACAGAGAGACGGCUCUUCUCUACGACCCCUUCAUGUCCUCCAAUGGAAACAAAGAGAGAGUGACAACUGUGAUCGCUCAUGAACUCGCACACCAGUGGUUUGGAAACUUGGUGACUGUGCGGUGGUGGAAUGACCUGUGGCUGAAUGAGGGCUUUGCAUCAUACGUGUCGUACCUUGGAGCCGACCAUGCUGAACCCACCCUGAACAUUAUAGACAUGUUCAUUCUGAAAGAGAUGCACAGAGUGUUUGCUGUGGACGCCCUUGCCUCUUCUCAUCCACUCACAUGCAGAGAAGACGAGGUCAACACCCCUGCACAGAUCAGCGAGAUGUUCAGCACCAUCUCCUACAGCAAGGGAGCGUCUGUGAUCAGGAUGCUGUCUGAGUUUCUCUCCGAGCCUGUGUUUGCAAGAGGACUCAGUUCAUACCUGAACACAUUUGCUUUCAGCAACACAGUGUACAAAGACUUAUGGGACCAUCUCCAGCAGGCCGUUGACAACACACCAAAUAUGCAGAUUCCUUGCACCAUCCAUGACAUCAUGAACCGCUGGACUCUUCAGAUGGGCUUCCCGGUGGUCACUGUCGACACUCAGACAGGAAGUAUUACUCAGAAACACUUCCUGUUGGAUCCAGACUCUGUAGUGGAAAGAACCUCUGAGUUCAAUUACACCUGGAUUGUCCCCAUUAAAUGGAUGAAGACAGGGGUGGAGCAACAACAGUACUGGCUCCUUGACAAGACAGAUGCCAACGAUGAGAUGAGAGUUUCAGGAGAGGACUGGAUUCUGUUUAACACAAAUGCAUCAGGGUACUUUAGAGUCAACUAUGAUCUCCACAACUGGGAUCGUCUCCUCGCUCUGCUCAACACCAACCAUGAAGCUGUAUCAGUCAUCAACAGAGCACAGAUCAUAGAUGAUGCAUUCAACCUAGCAAGAGCAAAAAUAAUCACUACAACACUGGCCUUGAGAACAACCAAAUACCUGUCCAUGGAGAGAGACUACAUCCCCUGGAUGUCAGCUCUGGGAAACCUCAAGUACUACAUCCUCAUGUUUGACCGCACUGAGGUUUAUGGAGCUUUACAGGCAUACCUCAAGAAACAAAUCCAGCCACUUUUUGAGCACUUCAAGAAAAUUACAGACAACUGGACCAAAGUUCCUGCAGGACACACUGAUCAGUAUAAUCAGAUCAAUGCCAUUCGUAUGGCCUGCAGUACAAAUGUGGAGGGUUGCAGAGACCUGGUUAAAGGCUGGUUCAGACAGUGGAUGGAAAAUCCACAGAACAAUCCCAUCCAUCCCAACCUGAAGGGCGUAGUUUAUUGCAAUGCCAUAGCUUAUGGAGGAGUGGAAGAAUGGGAAUUUGCCUGGAAAAUGUUCAAGGAAACCUCUCUGGCAACUGAAUCCAACAAGCUACUAUCAGCUAUGGCCUGCUCAAGAGAACCCUGGCUUUUGAACAGGUAUCUGGAUUACUCUCUAGACCCGACCAAGAUCCGUAAACAGGACGCCACCUUGACCAUCUCAUCCAUCGCUGGAAAUGUUGUGGGGAUGCCACUGGCCUGGAACUUUAUCAGAGCCAGAUGGAGCUACAUUUUUGAGCAGUAUGGAAAAGGAUCGUUCUCCUUUGCUGAUCUCAUCAAUGGAAUCACACCAAGAUUUUCCACAGAGUUUGAGUUGCAGGAGCUGAAGAAAUUUAAAGAUGACAACAUCGAUGCUGGUUUUGGCUCUGCUACCUUGGCCAUGGAGCAGGCAAUAGAGAAGACCACGGCAAACAUCAAGUGGGUGACGGAGAACAAAGCCGAUGUGCUGAAAUGGUUCACUGAGGAGUCCAUAUAAGGACACCAGUGCAGUUCAAAUGACAAGCUCUCUUUUUCUGCACUGCAAGGGAUACAUAAUGAAUGUAAUCACUAUAAUCAUCUACUAUAAAUAAGCAGCCUGUAUCAGAUGGUGACGUAAAAAAAUGUGCCACAUCACCUUUGAAACAACCAGACAAAAGAUGAACAGUAGAGCCAUGGACCACUAAAUAUAGAUUGUAUUUGAGAUACCACUGAUCUGGGCCCAGCACUGAUAAUAUGGACCAAAGCAGAGAUGAUUUGGACCUCGACACUAAUAUCUGGACCCAGACAGUAAUGAUCUGGACCUCAAAAAUGAUGGUCUGGACCCAUACACUGAUGAUCUGGACCCAGACAUUGGUGAUCUAGACCCAGGCCCAUUAAAUGUCCUUUAGAUUUUGUCACAUUUUAGUCAUUUCUAUCCUUUUUAGUUUUAGUUGAUGAAAACUCAAAAACAUUUAGUCUAGUUUUAGUCCAUAAAAAGUCCUCAUAGUUUAGUCUUUACUUUUAGCCCAAGCAUUUAUUCUCUUACCUGAAUCUCAUACCAAAUCAUGGUAGUGUGUUUUAUACACUCUGCCAAACCUGGGGUGCCUGAUGCAUUGUAUUUUGACAGAUUUACCCUCAAUGGUGAAAUAUCACAGGUUUUGACUGUCAGACAAAAACUACAUUACAUUUUAGUCUAGUUUUAGUCAUAUUGACAAAAACUAAACUUCCUUUUUGCCCAUUUUAGUCAUCACAGAGUUUUCAUCAUGGAAAAAAGGCUGUCCAUGAACAUUUUUAGUCAUAGUUUUAGUCGACCAAAUUAACACUGCCACUCACUGAUGAUCUGAACCCAGACAUUGACAAUCUGGUCCCAGACUCAAUGUACCUGGACAUUGAUGUUUUGGUUGCAUGUUCUGGCUUCAAAUUACUACACUAGGAAAUCCAGAAGCAGUUUAUUUCAAUAUUCUGCCAAUGUGCAAAACAAAUAACCCAAGUCCUUAUCUCCAUUCUGUAAAUGGCAUAGAGCACUGUUUUCCUCAGCUUGUAAGUGGACUAAUUUAAGAAAAGUCUGAGAAGUCUGUAAUCGUAUUGCUUUAAAAGUCAUCUAUAAUAGCAAAAUAUAAUGAAAAAGGCACAGUUUGAGAAUUACCAGACAUGUUUUAUCAGCAUGUAUUGUAUUCACAUUUGAAAUUAACCCAUUAUCGCACACUUGUCAUUAAACAACAAUUUCUUAUACGUGUAAGACUUUUAAAUGGCCUAAGUUCAUGUUUCUUGUGACCUUGUAUGCAGCAGUACAUAUCUUGGUCUCUUCUUGCUUCUCCAAACACAGAUCAUGUUAACUGUUAUCCAUAUGACAUUUGUACUGAUAAGAACCUCAUAUAUAACCCCACUUCAAACUUUAAAAAAUCCCUUUCUGAUUUGACAUUACCGGACAAAAAGUGUCCAUAACAA